AUGACAUCUCUUCACGACCUCGACGCUCAUCAACACCCCCCCGACUGGCUGCGAGCCGAAUUCGUACGACACAAGAAACAGAGUCAAGAUGAACUCCUGUCAGAUCCCAACAUCGACAACCCUCGAUCUCCUCCUCAUCAGUCCAGCUUCAAGUCCACGGGCGACAUCAUCUCCAAGACGCAGCUAUGCGAGGCCUUUUCCCAUCUCGGACUGAGCUCCGUAUCGGUCGACAGUGAUGUUCCCAUACUCUACCAUCCUCUUCUUCCAGACCUCCUCAUCAUUCCCGACCUCAUCCCUCCCACCAUCCAGAUCAGACUCAUGGACCUCAUGGCCCACCGGGAUCUCAGCGUCCCCCACCACUCCAGUAACCUGAGCCUCCACUAUCGCGUACCCUACCCACCCUCGGGUGCAUCCCUCUUCUCCCUCGGGCCGGACGAUGAUCCUUCCUCGUCGUCAUCGUCGCCGUCUACCUUCCAGCCUCUCGACCCGUCCGUCCACCGUGCCCUCACCCCCCGCCAGGCACUCAAUCGCCGUCUCAGCUGGGUCACCCUGGGCGGACAGUACGACUGGACGAGACGCGUGUACCCGGAGUGCGGGACCCCUCCGCCCUUCCCGCCCGACCUGGCCUCGUUCCUGCGCGCCCUUUUCCCCCAGACCGUCGCCCAGGCUGCCAUCGUCAACUUCUAUACCCCCGGGGACACCAUGAUGAUGCAUCGGGACGUCAGUGAGCGCGUCGACAGGGGGCUCGUGAGUCUGAGCCUCGGGUGUGAUGGGAUAUUCAUGAUUGCUCCACCAGACGCUGAGGGGGAUUCUACAACGGGGGCUUCUUCUCCUUCCUCCCCUUCUUCGUCUUCUUCUUCUUCUACUACUACUGCUGCUGCUGCUGCUGCUGCUGCUGCUGCUGCUGCUGCUGCUACUACUACUGCCAAAGAGGGGACAAAAAAGUACCUGCUCCUCCGCCUGCGAUCCGGUGAUGCCGUCUACAUGACGGGCCAGUCGAGACGGGCCUUUCACGGCGUGCCCAAGAUCCUGAGGGGUACGUGUCCCUCAUUCUUGGAAGAUUGGCCGGCCACUGCAGAUGAGAAUGGUCCGUAUGAACGGUGGCGUGGUUGGAUGAAGAAUAAGAGGAUCAAUCUCAAUGUUAGGCAGAUGGAACAUGAGUAG